AUGGGGGCGCGGCUGGGGCGACGGGCAAGGGCAGCGGCCGGCUCGGAUGCCCCUGCGGCAGAGGGCUCCGGGCCCGCGCCCUACGAGCGCCGGGUGCGCUGGCUGCGAGAGAUCCAGUCCACGCUCCGUGAGCGGCGACCGGAGCGCGCUCGGCAGCUGCUGCGCCUCCUGCGCCAGGACCUGGGCCUUGAAGGGAACCUCCUCACUGACAUCCUCUACAGGAACGUGGCUUUGCUUAACCUGGUGGACCCCAUCUCCCAUGACUUGCUGGUGAACCUGGCCCGGGACCUGCAGUGCCCCAAGAAGGACCAUGAGCCCUGGAAGUCCUCGGAUAAGAUCUGUCGGCAGCUCAUCUACCACCUCACUCCUCACUCCAAGAGAAAGCCCCACCGGAAAACCCAGAACAGCUUCAAGAGCGGCCUCCAGAAGACUCUGCUGGCAGGGGAGACCGUGGACCUUUCUGGUAUCCCGCUGUCCGCCCGGGAUGUGCAGCACAUAACCCGCUACCUGAGCAGCCACGGUGUUGAGCUGGUGGUCUUAGACCUGAGCUUCACGGAGCUGAGCGAUGAGCUGCUGCACCUGUUGCUACCCAGCCUCUGGGCUCUGCCCCGCCUCACCCAGCUGCUGCUCAAUGGCAACCGACUGACGCGGGCUGCUGCGCGCGAACUCACGGAGGCUAUCAAGGACACCGCCAAGUUCCCCGUGUUGGCCUGGGUCGAUCUGGGUAACAAUGUGGACGUGUCUUCACUUCCCCAGCCCCUGCUGGUUGGCCUGCGGCGGCGACUCAGUCAGCACACCUCACUCCCCACCAUCUAUGAGGGUCUGGACUUCGAGCCUGGGGGCGGCACGGCUGGGAACACAGAGGCUGUCUCCACCUGGGGCUCUGCAGCGAAUGAGCCGGGACUAGAGCCACAGAGUUGUUGUGCUAGGUGACUAACUGGUCUGCUUCAUUGGUACUGACUGAAGUCUUUUAAGAAUGAGGUCCUGGGGGCUCACAACGUCCCACAGAGAGACAGUACAAAUACACAACUUGGGGUGAAGUGGGUGGAAGAAGGGUUUCAUGGGAGACAGGCCAGCCAGCCCAGGCUAGGGCUCCACCACACCCAGCAAAGAGGGGACCCAGCACCCUCAGCCCAGACCUUCCAGGAAAGGAUGCUAUCGAUCCCUUACCUCAGGCUUCUUCCACUGCAGACUUCAGACUGCUGAGCUCCAGGCUUACUGCAGAGGUAGGAAAACCCCACCCGCCUGGAGUGGGUGGAUCACAGCCAUGCUGAUGUCCCUUUAGCGCUCACUGGCAGGGCGCCAUGGAAACCAAGGUGUAGUGGUCAUGGAUUCAUGGUGUGGACUCAAGGGUGCGAGGAGGCAUGAUGUUGGCUCAGCAUUUGAGCUCUCUACGUUUGGGGGCUUCAGGGGAGCAGGCUGGGAGUCACAGACGGGCAGAGCUCUACACAGAGCCCCACAGCAAGUACAAUCAGGGCCCCUCGGUGUGCGCUGGGCUAGGGACAGGGCUUCACAGAGCAAAGGCAAGGCCUCAGGGGUUCUGAGGGGGUGACUCUGGGUUUGUCUCCCGCAUGGUACAGCACUGCCCACUCUCCCCAGCUCUAGUCUCUAGACUUCCUAUAUAGGGUAAGGAGAUCUGGCUGACUCUCAGAGAUGAGCUGUCGUGUUUCCUCUAGUUCUGGGGUCACACAGCAUGUAAGGGGUGGAGGUGGGUCCAGCUAGCAUCAGGAGUUCUCAGGGGGGCAGAACAGACCUAAGGGUCUCUCUAUAGAGAGUUGCUAUCUUCCUUUCUCAAAUCCCUCAAGGGGAUUCUCAACUAGAAACCUAAUGUCUGACUGCUCUCACUACCCUGUUUAGGAGACUAGAGGUUUUAGCUCAAGCAGCAGAGAGGCAGAGCAUGUGGGGAAGGGACUCAGAGAAGCCCUGGGUGGGGAAACCAGUGGCCUAAGGCCUCUGUGUAGAGCCAAGACUGUCUGGUGGCAGUGGAGGGCAACCUCAGCUUUAAGGUAAAGGCUUGGGGUUGGAGGCUCACCCUGGACCCAUGUGCCCAGAGCCCACUUACUCCCCCACCUUACUGUCUGUCUCCAAGUGGACUAUGGACAGUAUUUAGCCCCCCCCAAAAAAUCACCAGUUCCAGCACAUCCCCAGAUCAGUGGCCAAGAAGGGAGAGGGAGGGAUUACAUCAGCUCCCAGGCCUGGGACAGAGGUCCGAGGAGGAAAAGGAUUUCAUCUCAUGCUCCACAGCUUUAGACACUGCUUACCAAGGGGCAGUGAGGAGAGCGCAGGGCCUCAGGCUUCAUCUGCACUCUCGGCUUCUUUGGGCCUGGGACCCAACAUCCCCCUCUCUGUUAAACAAAGCUUGCUGCCCUGGAUCCUGGCACUCAGUGCUUCAUCUAGAGGUACUAC